GCCUCUCGGUCGCCCCAGCGCAGGGCAGCCUCAUGGGCAUUUAUAACGGGGAGGAGUUCGUCUUCGAGGAGAGCCGCUGGUACAUCCUCAACCUUCUCAAGCUCCUCUGGCGCUACGGGCUCAACCCCCUGCGAAUGUCCAUGUGGGUGGAGGACGUCCUGGACAAAUUCAUGCGGAUCUAUCGCUACCAGACGCACGACUACGCCUUCAGCAGUAACGAGCGCCUGCUUCACGCCCUCGGAGGGAACGACUUCACCCGGAUGCUGAACCAAACCAUCGACGAAGCCAUGCAGAAAGCCGGCUUCUCCCACAAGUUCAUAAACGAGAUGGUUUGUCCGGCCAUGAGAGUCAACUACGGGCAAGGCGUCAACAUCAACGGUUUCGUAGGUGCUGUUUCUCUGGCAGGAGUAGAAUCGGGCCUUUGGUCUGUAAAAGGGGGGAACAAACUUGUCUGCACUGGCCUUAUCUACGCCUCCAAAGCUGACGUCAUCCCUGGUACGGUUUUGUCUAUAGAGCCAAAAAUCAGACCCGGACCCAGACCCACAGGGGACCCGGUGAAGCUCUACCAGGUCACCUACAACACUACGUCGGGACUAACGGGGGAUACGUACGACAUCGUCGUCAUCGCUGCUCCGCUGAGCCGUAAAAUGGCCAACAUCACCUUCAAGAACUUCGACCCUCCUGUCCCGGAGUUCCCGAAUCCUUACCACCAGACUGUCACGACGUUAGUGCACGGACGACUAAACGCCUCCUUCUUUGGUUACGGGGACCCAUGGGCCUUUCAUUUCGGUGCCAUCUUCACUACGGAGAACCCCAAACUCUUCAUCAAUAGCCUGGGGGUGGUGUCUCCCGUGGAAGACGUAGGCAGUGAAGGAAAGCUGCCCUUGCAAUCGGCCGUCUGGAAAGUGUUUUCACAGGAGGUGCUCACCAAAGAGCAGCUUAACUUGCUUUUCUCCUCCUACGACUCUGUCAGAGUGAAGAAGUGGCUGGCAUACCCUCACUACAGCCCCCCGGAAAAAUGCCCUCCCGUCAUCCUCCACGACAACAUCUACUACCUGAACGGCAUCGAGCGGGCCGCGAGCGCCAUGGAGAUGAGCGCCAUCGCAGCCAAAAACGCCGCCCUGCUCGCUUACCACCGGUGGUACGGGAACACCGACAGGAUCGACCAGGAGGAUUUGCACGAGAAGCUGAAAACGGAGCUUUGA